CCCCUCUGUUUGCAGGUGUUUCCGAGACUCCAUGGAAGAUUCCACCCGCCUGGGCUACUGCGUGGUGGCCGGCAGCUUCGUGGCCUUCCAGUUCUGCUUCUCAGCCGUCAGCCCCCAGCUCUCCCUCUCGCUCUGCCCCGGCUACCCCACCCUCCCCACUGUCAAGCGGAGUGAAUGGGACUCCAGAUGCGUAUCCACCGUGCACGCAGUGGUGGUCGGCCUCUUUUGCCUCUACAUCCUGUGGUACGAUGAUGCUGUCAAUGCCAACCCCAUCUGGGGAGAGCCCCGCCUGGUCAAGCUGAAUGUCGCCAUCACCAGCGGCUACUUGCUGUACGAUCUGCUGUUGCUAAUCCGCUACUGGAGAACCCUGGGAGAUUCCCUCUUUGUGUGUCACCACCUGGCGGCGCUGUACGCUUAUGGAUAUGUGCUGAGCCGAGGGGUCCUGCCCUAUUUUGCCAACUUCCGGCUCCUCUCAGAGUUAUCCACGCCCUUUGUGAACCUCCGGUGGUUCUUGGACACAGCUGGCUGUCCCCGCUCUUCCUGGCUGGCCUUGGCCAACGGCCUGGCCAUGACGGGGGUGUUCUUUGUGGUACGCAUUGCCGUCAUCCCCAGCUACUACGCACAGGUUUUUGCCUGGUACGGCACUCCUGAGUACGAACGCUUGGGCCUGAGCGUGCAGCUGGCCUGGAUCGGGCCCAGCCUGGCUCUGGAGGUGCUCAACGUGGUCUGGAUGUAUCGCAUCACCCGCGGCUUCUGCCGGGCCUUCUGCCAGCGCAGACCCCACAAGACGGCAUGAAGAGGGAGC